AUGGCCUAUGUGACAGAAAGCCGCCGGUUGACCACCACCUGCAAGAUGAAUCUUUUUAAGUUCCCCUUUGACACCCAGAACUGCAGCAUUACCUUUAUUUCCUUUAUGCUUAAAGGUAUAAAGUUGGGGCCCUUCUCCAACAGCAUUAUCAUGAGCCAAUUUUCCGAGAAGGUCAUGGUUACAUUGGGGGAAUGGGACUUCCUGGGCAUUAGGUUGUCCAUGGAAAAGCUCAUCUACGACAACAACAUUGUUUGGGACAAGCUGGUCUACAAGAUCAGCAUACGAAGAAGACCCCUUUUAUAUGUGAUCAACCUCCUACUACCACUCUUAUUUUUCCUCAUCCUGGACUUGGCCUCCUUUUUCAUUGAUGAGGCCAAGGGGGAAAAGCUGGGCUACAAAGUGACCAUACUCUUGUCCAUCUCUGUCUUACUGCUGAUUCUCAAUGACAUCCUGCCUUCCACAGCAGAUGACCUGCCACUCAUAGCUCUUUACUGCAUCGUAAUCUUUGCCCUCACGGGCCUCAGUCUCCUGGAGACCAUGCUGGUGAGCUUCCUGAUUGAUAUGGACAGCAGGGUUGAUCACGACAUCCAGACCUCUUCUAAGACCUUUGGGGAGACUCCGGAAGAGACCGACUGCCAAAGAGAGUCUCAGAGAGAUGCUGAGAUCAGCCUGGUGAAGGUUGAGGACAUUCCAAACAAGGAACUAAAUGGAGACUGGCUGAGCAACCCCCGCCUACUGCAGCGGAUCCUAGAGGUGCGGAACAUACGGCAGAAAUGGUUUUUUGCUAGCGUGAGAUGUGACAAGAAAAAGCCUGGGCUGGUCUCAGACUAG